AUGGUACCAGACCGUGGACCGACAACUUCGGCGGUUACCAUCUUUAUCACUGCCCUGGCCACCUUGUUCAUCGCGGGUCGCUUCUAUACGAGGAUAUUGCUGGUUAAAUCUGUCAAACACGACGACUGGUGGAUUUUGGCAGCAUGGGUGCUUGCCGUUGGCUUCUCUGCCUCAAUAUGCAUCGCAGUCAAAUAUGGACUGGGCAAGCACAAGGAUGAUAUUUCUGACGAGCAUUUUGCCUCUCUACGAAAGGCGGAAUACGCCUUCUCAAUUCUUUACAACCCAGCCCUCAUGCUUACGAAGACAUCGAUUAUCGUGUUCUUCCUUUCGGUCAUGUCUAAGGAUGCUGAUCCCGUCUUCAAAUGGUGUAACUGGUUGACUCUCGUCCUUGUCAACGCUGUCGGUACUGCGCUGACCUUUUACAACAUCUUCCAGUGUCGCCCUGUCGCCCAGGCAUGGAUAUAUCCUAGGUCAGACGGUGCAAAAUGCGCCGACAUAGUCACGCUGUAUCUUUCCUCAGCGCCUGUCAACAUUAUCACCGACAUUGCCCUAUUGGUCCUUCCCAUGCCUAUCCUCACUGGUAUGCGACUGCCUUUCAAACAAAAACUCAUCUUGCUCUUAACAUUCAGUGCCGGCGCUUUCGUAGCGGCAGUGGACGUGGUCCGCAUCGCGUACCUCCAGAAUGCCGCCCUCAACCGGCUGAAACUAGUCAAGACCGAAGGAGGUUCUGGUAGUCGUAUCGUCGAGGAGAAUGACUUUUCCUGGUAUGCCAGUUUAAGUUUCAUGUGGUCCGCUGUCGAAGUCUGCACGGGAAUUGUCUGCGCAUGCGUGCCGAGCCUGAAACCGUUGUUUUUGCGUUUCCUUCCACGCAUGGUGAGGGACGCGGGGGAUACACAGAAUGACGACGACAAUACUAGCGUCGUCAAUGCCGGCGUUCCCAAUGGCAAUAUCUCGAUGCUCAACAAUCCAGCUGCCUUCAGGCAAGCUCAAACCCGAGAAUACCGUGGAAUUGAAGAUAGCAAUCAAAUGGGAUUUCUUGACAUGCUUGCUCAACCCGCCGAUGAAGACACCGCUUCAAUUUCUCGAGUGUCAACGAGGUUAUCACGAAGGAGCACCACAAGGACAGCCACUUCCGACUUCGGAUUUGUGAAGACAUAUAAACGGCGAAAUAUGCUGAGGCUGUCGACUAAAGAAAGCAUCUGGCCGGUUGCUGUCAUAACUGUGAUCUUCUUCUUAUGGGGCCUGGCUUACGGGUUUCUGAGCACUCUGAACUCCCGAUUCCAGGAGGUGGCGAAGCUCUCUACCGGACAAGGAGUUGGUCUUCAUUCCGCCUAUUAUGCUGGGUACCUGGUUGGCCCUCUCACGCUAGGACGCUUCAUCCUCAAACGAUAUGGCUUCAAAGCUUGCAUGAUUUCGGGUCUAUGCGUCUAUGGAUGUGGAACCCUGGUCUUCUGGCCAUCAGCAGUUCUGACCUCGUAUGCAGCCUUUGUUAUCUCCAACUUCAUUGUUGGAGUGGGCCUCUCUUGUCUGGAAAUAGCCGCCAAUCCAUACACUUCACUUUGUGGCCCCCUGGAAUAUGCUGAAGUUCGGCUGAACAUAUCGCAAGCUUUUCAAGCAAUCGGCACUGUUUGCUCACCUUUGUUAGCCACCAGGGUGUUAUUCAACAAUGUACUAAACGCCCCAUCACUUGUCAAUGUGCAGUGGACGUAUUUGGGCAUCGCCUUGUUCGACUUUGCACUCGCGGUGGUUUUCUUCUACAUUCCCCUCCCUGAGGCAACGGAUGAACAGCUCGAUGAACAAGCAGAUUAUCGAAGUGCAGUCUAUCGGGCACCCGUUGGCCCUUGGAAGGUUGUGUAUGUCACACUUGCGUUCGGUGUGUUCAGUCAAUGGUGCUAUGUCGGGCAGCAAGAGUGCAUUGGUGUUUCCAUACAGCCACUGAUCCAGUUGGUGAAGCCGCACACCAACCUCGACCCAUUUGACUUUGAGACGGUCGGUCAUACUGUAUUCAUGGCAGGAAGAUUUCUGACCGCCUUUCUUGAUUACUUCUUCAAACCGCGUUGGGUGCUACUAGGACUUUUUGUCGGUCUCAUUGUUUGCUUGGGGCUGCAAAUGCACCUCGUCACAGACGCUGCAGCAUCUGUUGCGAUGCUCUCAUUUCUGUUCGAAGCGGGUAUUUUCAGCAACAUAUUUGCCACUUCAAUGCGAGGCUUGGGCAGACACACCAAAACCGGCUCCGCAUUCAUGACGGCUGCGAUAUCUGGAGGUGCAGUCUUUCCUCCCAUCAUGUGGGCCGUCUCUAAUGCGCGUGGCACGAAAUACGCGUACAGUGUUCCACUGGCUGCCGCAGUCUCUGGAAUGAUAUUUCCAAUUUACCUGAACCUAGUACCCGCAGCCAGGAGUCAGGUUGACCCUGAAUUCAAGCCGAAGGCACGCAGGCACCCAUUAAAGAACUCGAACCAAAACACUUCGAACUUCGACGAUACCAUCCGAGAUCCUCGGGCUGUGGAGACGUACGGUAAGAUGGACCAAGGCAUAUCCUCGACCAACUACCUUGAAAAUCACCCUGAAAUUGCUCACCUCGAGAAGUGCAUGAAUGAUGAAAGCCUCGAAACUCAUGUGCCUCCUGUCUUCACAUUCGACUUCGCGGAUGGAGCGAAUCGGGUCAACAACAGCCAGCCACUUCGAUCAGGACCGAGAAAAGGUUACGUGGGGCAGCUGGCGCUUUGGCCGGAUGAUAACAACUCUGAGGGCAGCCAGACGGGUCAGGGGGCCCAGGGGCAGCAACAAGAGUCUGAGGAUGCCUCUGCUCAAGAUUCUAACACCACCUGUGGGCGCGAGGUUUCUGAAAGGCAUCAUCAACGUGAGGGAUUGGACGAUUACCACACUAUAAUGAGACAAGUUUGA